CCCGGGGGCAACAAGAUGGCCGCGCCCAUGUGUGCUUGGAGGUCGGCUGGGCAGAGGGUUUAGUUCUGUCCUGUCCCUGGUGGAAAUAGACUCUCCGUGCCACGCCGCGUUGCUACGUUUUGCUGCCAUCCGUGCAUGGAGCCGCGAGAGUCCUGGGCGGCCUUGGCGGCUGGUGGAAUUGCUGGCGUCUUUGUCGACUUGAUCCUUUUUCCUCUGGAUACUGUAAAAACCAGGCUGCAAAGUCCCCAAGGAUUUAGGAAAGCUGGUGGCUUUCGUGGCAUCUAUGCUGGCGUUCCCUCCACUGCUAUAGGAUCCUUUCCAAAUGCUGCUGCGUUUUUUAUCACCUAUGAGAAUGUGAAAUCUGUGCUGCACCAUGACUCUACAUCAUACUUGACUCCAGUAACACACAUGGUGGCUGCCUCCUUUGGGGAAGUGGUUGCGUGCCUCAUACGGGUUCCAUCUGAAGUUGUCAAGCAAAGGGCCCAGGUUUCACCUUCUGCUGGAACCUUUCGGAUUCUUUCCCACACGUUGUACCAUGAGGGUAUUCAAGGACUUUAUCGAGGUUAUAAAAGCACGGUAUUAAGAGAGAUUCCCUUCUCUCUGGUACAGUUUCCCCUCUGGGAGUUCUUAAAGGAUCUCUGGUCAUGGAAGCAGGGUCACGUGGUGGAUUCUUGGCAGUCAGCAGUCUGUGGAGCUUUUGCAGGUGGAUUUGCAGCUGCAGUUACCACACCUCUCGAUGUAGCGAAGACAAGAAUUAUGCUGGCAAAGGCUGGUUCCACCACGGCUAGCGGAAACGUUCUGGCUGCCCUUGGUGGCAUCUGGAGGACGCAAGGACUGCCAGGCUUGUUUGCAGGUGUCGUCCCGCGGAUGGCAGCCAUCAGCCUGGGAGGGUUCAUCUUCUUGGGGACCUAUGAGAAGACACGCCAGCUGCUGCUCUGAGCUGGGCCUUGUGGAAGAGCCCGCAAAGCUGCUGACCCCACGGAGGAGUCUGCCCACAAGCGCAGCCUUCUUUCUCCUGCCGCCUCUUGGCUGCGCCCGCAGCAGCUGUCCAGCAGCCUGAACUCCACGUUCACUGUUAACAAAAAGUAAAUCCUCAAAUAAUCCAAUUUCCCAAACAUGAAAUUUUUCCUGCAUGGAAAAUGAGUGAAGUCAUUGUAAGAGUUAUGCCAAAAAAAAGUGAUGUUUGGGGGGCAAAUAGCUCAUUACGGUGGCUGUGAAAGGCGUUGCUAGAACUCCUGCAGGGGAAAUGUUUUGCAAACCUCCAGCUCGUGGGCUGAGCGAGGAAGCUGAAAUAAAGCAAGUGUUCAUAAUUCGGUGGCACCUGCCUCGUAACACUGGGAGGGUUCUACUGUUUGUGGUAGACUUACGGCCUGCCGCCCGCCAACAGCACUGACAGUAUUCCAGGCUGGGAGGGCUCUUUGUAAGAGACAAUCAUCCAUUUGUUUCUGACUUUGAGCCGUGUUUGUGAAAGUUUAUAUUCCUGUUUAUGCCUACAGGUGCACAGCAAGCGUUCUUGCGUGGUAACCAGCGUGGCGUUAUUAAUUAGUGUCACAUUUCUCCAGUAAAAGCACGGUGUUGUAUUAUUUUACAGCUGUGCCUCAGCAAAGACCUGCGGUUUGGCCUUGCCUUGGUCUUCCUCCCUCGGUGAAGGAGCAGGGAUUGGGAAUGGCAGAGCCCAGAAGGGAGUGCAUGAGUUGGGGUGGUUCCAAAGCGCUCCUGGGGGCUGCUGGCAGGCAGAGCAAUCCUCUGUGUUGAUGUGGUGCUAGGAAGGAGAAGCUGUGGUGGCCCACAUGGUGCUGGGACGUGCUUGGUGGAAAAGGCAUGAUUGGAAUUACUAACUUAAAAUUAACACCAGAAUCGAGGGGGGGGGGGGG